AUGAAGUACACCGUUGCCCUCGGCUUCUUCUUCGGCCUUGCCGCUGCCCAAUCUGCCACCACCUCCGCUGCCUCCUCCGGCUCGACCGAUCUCCCCGGUCUCGUCAGCCAGCUUCCGACCUGUGCUGUGAGCUGCCUCAACAGCGCCGCCAAGACCAUCGGCUGUUCUGCCACGGACUUUUCUUGCUUGUGCACCAACCAAGAGAGGCUGAUCUCGACCUUGACGCCCUGUGUCCUGACGGCCGGAUGCUCCACCGAUGACAUUGCAACCGCCGCGAGGAUCGCGCCUGAAAUCUGCGAGAAUGUCCAGAACAACCCGAACCCCUCUGCCAUCGCAUCCGCCUCGAACCUUGUUACCGGCGCGCUCGGCACCGCAACUGGCAGCACUGCCGCUACCGCUACAUCGCAACCCAACGCUGCCGGUCGCCGGGAAUACAGCCUUGGAAUGGUCGGUGCCGCCGCCUUCGCUGCUGCAAUGAUUUGA